AAUCAAUCUAUCAAAUUUCACUGCAAACAAUCAAAAUCUUUGUUUUGAUUUGUAUUAAUUCCAAAAGUUGAGAGAAUUUAAGACGUAUAAGUUUAAUAAGAAAUGCUUAUUUUUCGACUUGGAUUUGUACUUUUGCUGACUAUAACAGUUCAAUCAAUAGAACUUCGUGGACUUCAAUUUUGGGCGAAUUUUUUUAAUUAUGAUUCAGAUAAUAGGAAAGAUUCAGAUGACGAUUCGCAAAAUUCAUCGGUAUUGAACGCGGGAAACGGUGUAUGUAAUUAUAACUUUAUUGAUUAUGUUUCACUGAAGGAUGUUAGAAAUUGUGGCCUCAAUCAAAAAGAUGAAAUUGAUAUUUCAAACUCAAAUGCGCCCGGUCCAAGGCCGUUAAUUAAAGUAAAGUGUGCACCAAAUUUAGGUAAUGGCACUGUUAACAUAGUUGAAUCAGUUAAAGAUGUUAUAACAUUACUGGCACCGCACGGAAAUUCAACAAAGCGAAAUGUUGAAGGAAGUUGCACAUUAAUUCUAUUUUACGCCAAGUCAUGUACAGCGAGUGCAAUUGUAGCCCCACAUUUCAAUGCAUUAGCAAAACAAUAUCCUGAUAUUAGAGUAGCAGCUAUUAAUGCUUUUCGUUUUCGAAGUUUUAACACAGACUUUGGAAUUGUUGGCCUACCAACUUUAUUACUUUUUCACCAAGGAAGACCAGUUGUAAAAUUCAAUGAUACAGCAGCUACAGUUUAUAAUUUUGCAAAAUUUGUUACAAGACAUACAGAUAUUCCUAGUGUUGCACCAUCCCCUUUUGUCACUUCAGAAGAUUUUAGUGGACCUCUACCAAAUAAAGUUGAACGAGAACCUGAUUAUUUAUUAUAUUUAGCUUGGUGCUUUAUUUUAGUAUGCGUGGGCUACUAUUUUACAAAGUCAACACUUUAUAUGCAAAUAGUUGAAAUGAUACAAAGAAAUUGGAGGGAGUCUGAAAUACAUUUAGAAACUAGUUAAAUUAUGUUUUUAAUUUAAUAGUGAUUUUUUCUUUAAUUAGUAAUUUUUUUCUUUAAUCUUUAAUUAGUCUUAUUGAUUUUAUUUAAUUCGACUAUUUAGUUUAAGAGUAUUUAAAUGUUUGUUUAUGGUAAUAUAUGACUGGAUUGA